UAUUUAUUUUUUAUGGGGCCGCGUUUGUUUUACUGGCAAUGAAAAGGGGUUUUUCUAAAGAUGAUGUUAGAGUUUUUUCGCCGCAGAACGAACAUAUUGAAUUGCAUCGUAAAAGACAUGGACGUCGAUUGGAUUAUGAGGAACGAACAGAUUGGCACGAGCUGCACAUGAACGGUCGGCAGUUGCCAAGAAAAUGCGUUCAAAUGCGUAAAUUGAUCAAACAACAUGAAGAGAAAGAACAAAAGAGUACCGUUGAUGAGCCAAGUGAAGGUGCCAUUCCUACAUAUUUGUUGGACAGACAGAAGCAAGCUGUUGGCAAAGCGAUUUCUUCUGCUGUUAAACAAAAGCGCAAGGAGAAAGCUGCGAAAUAUCAAGUGCCAUUACCAAAAGUUAAAGCAGUUAGUGACGCAGAAGCUUUCAAAGUAGUCAGUACAGGAAAAAGUCGAAGAAAGGGUUGGAAAAGAAUGGUCACUAAAGUAACCUAUGUUGGCGAGACGUUUACAAGGAAACCGGCGAAAUUUGAACGUUUUAUUCGACCAAUGGGAUUACGAUUUAGAAAGGCGCAUGUAACUCAUCCCGAAUUGCGUACAACUUUUUGCUUGUCAAUAACUGGUGUUAAAAAGAAUCCGUCUUCACAACUUUAUACUUCGCUUGGUGUAAUAACUAAAGGAACAAUUAUUGAAGUAAAUGUCAGUGAACUUGGAAUGGUAACUCAAGGUGGAAAAGUUGUUUGGGCUAAAUAUGCACAAGUAACAAAUCAUCCAGAGAAUGAUGGAUGUAUUAAUGCACUUUUGUUGAUUUAA